CUUAUUAUUGUCUUUGCUGCGUCCCUUUUUUCUUUCAGUCUUUGCCAGCCGAGUUUGUCAAGGAACAUUUUAACCAGGUUCAUGAUAACGCCAUCCUUCGUGUUUCGGGUGAAAGAGCUUGGCCUGUCAAAUUAGGCCACUGGGGCAGAGGAAGAAUCAGAUUCCAGAGUGGCUGGGGGACGUUUCUGCGAGACAAUCAUUGGAAAUUGGUGAUGUGUGUGUCUUUGAGUUGAUUAGCAACAUUAAACCUUUAUUUGAUGUUGUCUUUUUCCAUGCUACAGAAGCUCCAAAUUGCACCUUUCACCAGAUGUUGAUGGGGAACAAACUAUACCCAAGAUGGAAGAAACAUAUGAAGAUGAUGGUUUUAUUGAAACUGUGGACGAUUAUCCAUCAUGCCCAAAAACAAGGAAGAAAUCUCCAAUAGAACCACAGCCUCACAAGAAAAGCAGAAUAUGUUCAAUUAGUAAAGCAGAAAGCAAAAUCAAAGAUGUUUGUGGGGCAUCUAGGACUCGAAAGUUCCUUGUUCGAGGAACUGAGGUUCCUAGGAGGAUUGAUCCAGUUGCGGCAACUGGAAAAGAUAUAGCUCUUCAGAGAGCUAAGGCAUUCAAGUCCGAAUACCCAUUUUGUUGGGUUCUUAUGCAUCACUCGUAUAUCCAUAGAAGUUAUUUGCGUUUGCCAGCCAAAUUUUCCAAGGAACACAUUAACUGGACUCAUGACAACAUCGUACUUCAUGUUCCAAAUGGAAGAACUUGGCCUGUCAAAUUAGGGCAAGAUGCCAGAGGAAGAGUAAUAUUCCUGAGUGGUUGGACAACAUUUGUGCGAGACAACAAUUUGGAAGUUGGUGAUGCGCGUGUCUUUGAGUUGAUUAACGACGUCAAACCUUUAUUUGAUGUUGUCUUGUUCUACGCUACAAAAGCUGCAAAUUGUACCUUGUCACCAGCUGAUGACGAUUCUGGUGAUGAUUCUACGGAUGAUUCUGGUGAUGAGUCUGAUGAUAAUUCUAUUGAAAUCCUAGAUGAUUUUCCACCCGUCCCAAGAAAAACAAGAGAGAAACCUCCACAUAUAUCUCUUGAAAGAGCUGUUGAGAGAGCAAACUCUUUCGCAUCUAAAUACCCCUUUUUCAAGAUUGCUUUGCAUGCCACUUAUAAGUUAUAUCCAUGGGCAUCAUAUGGUAAGCUUUCUAUAGAGCCAUCACAUUCCUUUUAG